GAUGUCAAGAGCAGCUGUCACUGUUAGUAUCUUUUGCAGCACUACCAAUUUCUUAACAAAAUUACAAAGUUCGUCAUCUGGGAUUUCCCGGCUUCAAUAUUUUUUUGCAAUUCUCAACUUACAAAGAUAGUUGUUUAGCGACAAUUAAGAAUACUUUGAGAGAACAUGGAACCUUAUGAGAAUCCUGAUUUUCUUCCACUAGAAAAUUUAAAACUAACGAUUAAAACCAAUGGUAUUGUCCAAAAGGUUGAUGCUUUGAGUAAAAUAUGGGCAAGUGACCACUAUUUUUUACAUUAUGAACCUCCUAACAUAUAUAAUGAUGAUGGAUCUGAAAUUUUGGGAGCAAAACUACGAUGGAUAGAAAUUGUCAAUUAUAUGAUCAAUGAUUUAAAAUGGUUACUCAGCCUUCCAUUUUAUAGAUUUUGGUCAAAUAUUGUGUUUAAUACUUCAGUAUUAGAUACAUUGGUAUCUUUUCUACAAGAUGCACCACCAUUCUAUGCUUUAGAAAAUUUUCCAAAUUGUCCAGAAAUGUUGGAACUUCUAGAAACACUAAGUCACUAUGUACUUAUAAUUUUUGCACGACUUGCCACAAAUAAAGAAAGUCCUGAAGAAUAUAUGAACCGUCCAUUUCUUGGAAAUUUAUUAUAUGACAAAUACAUAUUUACGGUACCCAUCAUCUUUGAUCUUUGUCAACUUUAUGGUCGAGAAAAUGCAAAAAUAAUAGAAAGAAUUUUAAACUCUUUAUUUACACUAGAACCGCAAUAUAAUAAUGAUCUUCAAAAAGCUGUUCCUUGUCUUAUAGAGGCCUUUGAAAAUGUUGAAAGAAAAUUUGGUAGUGAUUCUAUACAUACCAAUGAAGCAGUUUCAUUGUCAAAGCAGGAUACUAAUUCCUCGAAGCUUACAUUAUUCCAGUUGGAAGAUAUGAUAUUAUAUGUUCUAGAUAUAUCAUCAACUGUUGGUGUAUUUUUAAUAAAUUAUUCUCCAGCAGUGAGUAUAUUUCACACAGUGGAUUUUAUGAAUAAACUUGUUUCAGUAUAUGAAAGCACAAUACCUGAGAUGUAUAAAAUAUUAAAGAACUUAGCAUAUAACGAUGAAAAUAUGCCGAAAUAUAUAGAAUUAAAGCAUCGUCUGGAUGUAACAAGGAUUGAAAUUUUGAAGCUUUUUCGUAUUAUUAUAUAUGAACCCAUAUUGACUAUUCAAGAAAAUUUAAGUACGAUAAGCGAACCAGAGGUAAAGGAACGAGUGGACGAAUAUCUUAAUUUAUUAACCUUAGCAAUUUCUGAAAAAGAAUUUAUUACAGAUUAUGAUCAGUUUUAUCCUGUUAGAUUAGAUUUGACUAUAUUAUCGAAUAUUUGUCCUGAUGCUGAUACAAUAAAAUAUAAUUAUAUUGUGAAAUCAGUCAAUACAAUUAUUGGAAGACCCAAUGUUCCAGAUACUAGUUUUUCUAGUAACGUAAAUGAACCUGUAGCUGUAGCUGGACCUAGUGGUAUUUUAAGUCAGACAACUAUAUCUGAAAACAUAAAACCUUUAAAUGAGAAACAAACUGUGGCAAAGAAUUCUAUUGAAUUGGCUGUUCUUAUUUCUGAUGUUAAAGAUAUUUUAAAUCAUCUAGAUGAAGGUUUUAUUGAGGCAAGUUUGGAGUAUUACAAUUAUGAUAGUGCAGCUGUGGUACAUGCCGUACUAGAAGAUUCAUUACCAACAGAAUUAAAAGAAUUGAUGAAAUUAGGGCCAUUACAAAUGCCUAGUGCAUUACCAACCUAUACAGAAACUUCAGUUAAGGAUAUAGCUAGUGGUAUUGAAAGACUGGAUAUUAAUAUGCUUGAUAAUUUAAAGGGUGAUGAUAUAUAUGUUAAAAAAUCUAAAGAAAUCAUAGAUGUACCUAAAGAUUACAUAACUAAAAAUUACAGUCUUGUCGAAGAUGUAUACGAUGACGAGUAUGAUGACACUUAUGAUAAUAGCGACAUACGUGGUACACAGGAUGGUUCGACUGAAGCAGAUUUAAGGCCUUUUACUAUACCUAGAGUUCUUCGCGAGAAACAAAAGAUUGAAACUGAAGAAGUUGAAACGGAGUCAGAAGAUGAAGAUGUAAGGAAUGACCAAAAUGUUAGAGACUGCUUUAUACAAAAUCCAGAAGAGGUACGCGCUAGAGCAGAACAACAAAGGCAAAUGCGAAGUGGAAGAGGUGCACCAAAUGUAAUAGGUAAUCCUAAAGGUCAAGGACAAGAGAAAACUGUGUUAUACAAUAGACAGCAAAAGAACACCAAGAAGGCGGAACGCGCUAAUCACAAUCGUCGUUCUGGUGCCCAGUGGAAACGAAAUCAAGGAAUGGUUCCAUCCUAAAUCUAUCUAUACUUUUACAAUAUGAAUGUAAAUACUGCCAUGUGAUAAAUACAUUCGUACCUAUGUUAA